AUGAAAGUCCGCUAUGGUUUUGUUCCAGACAACUGGUUUACAGAUUUCUACAACAAGACUGGGGUAACAGGACCGUAUGUGUUCGGAACAACUGUGUCAUCGUAUCUUCUCUCCAAGGAAAUAUAUGUUCUUGAGCACAACUAUUACAAUGGAAUUUCAGUGGCAAUUCUUUGUGUGAUGGGAGUGAAGAAGCUUGGGCCCAGUCUGUCUGUUUAUCUGGACGAACAAGUAGAUGAGGAAACAGGCCAGUGGAACAAGUACAGAGAAGACCAGUUUCGUUUCUAUAAUCAAGCUGUAGAAUUGGAAAAGAAGGCGCAACUAUCUGCCCAAGCACAGACCAUGCUGCCCGAUGCAAAGUACCAGAUGGUCGCACUUCAGAGAGAGGCCGCAUUUAGAGAGCGCCAGAUGGAAGUUCAUAGGGAGGUGGUCCGCCGCCUGGACUACAUGGUGGAGGCAUCCCGUGUUAACACCAACUUCAUCCUGCGGCACAUGGCAUCCUGGGUGAGGGACCAAGUCUCGAAGGAGCUGGAGAAGGACCCAGAGCUGCCACGGCGUGUACUCAACCACUGCAUUGCGCAGCUGCGAUCCUUGAUACCGCAGCACGAGGACCGCCACGAGGGCACGCCAGCGCCUGAUGACGACGACGGUCCAGAAGCUGCCAAUCCGGGCACAGAUGAAGAGCCAGCCGCAGCUGCAACUGUCAACAUGUGGGGCGUGCCCAUGCUGGUCUGA